CCCUCCCCCCGCGGAGGGUGACGGGCGCUUCCUCGCCCGGAGCUGCCGUCGCCUCAAGCCGAUACCGCUGCUGGUCCGCCGCGGCUUUGCCGCCGCCCGCCCCGGCACCGGGGCGUUCCCGCCCGUCCCCUCCUGCCGGCCUCUGCGGCCGGCCCCGGCGCGUCGCCGUGGUUCCUCUCUCUCUCAGCGGACGCCCGGGCCCGGCCAUGGCGGACUUUGACGAGAUCUACGAGGAGGAGGAGGACGAGGAGCGGGCGCUGGAGGAGCAGCUCCUCAAGUACUCCCCCGACCCGGUGGUGGUGCGCGGCUCCGGCCAUGUCACCGUGUUUGGACUAAGCAACAAAUUUGAAGCAGAAUUUCCUUCAUCUUUAACUGGAAAGGUUGCACCCGAAGAAUUUAAAGCCAGCAUCAGUAGAGUUAACAGUUGUCUUAAGAAGAACCUUCCAGUUAAUGUACGAUGGCUACUUUGUGGAUGCCUUUGCUGCUGCUGCACUUUAGGUUGUAGUAUGUGGCCAGUUAUCUGCCUCAGUAAAAGAACACGAAGAUCGAUUGAGAAGUUAUUAGAAUGGGAAAACAAUAGGUUAUACCACAAGCUGUGCUUGCAUUGGAGACUAAGCAAAAGGAAAUGUGAAACGAAUAACAUGAUGGAAUAUGUCAUCCUUAUAGAAUUUUUACCAAAGACACCGAUUUUUCGACCAGAUUAGCAUUCAAUUUAUUUAUAGAGACUUAUUCAAGUAUGUUGUCUUUCCAAUGGUGCCUUGCUUGGUGCUUUCCUGGUGGUGACAUAGCAUUGGUUCUACAGAAUCUUGUGGUGUAUUCAUUCUUUUGUUGGGGUUUUUUUUGUUUGUUUGUUGUUGUGUUGGUUUUUUUUUUAAAUAAGAGCAUGUUCUAAGUGCAUUUGGUCAAACUCUGCAAAGUCAUUUCAUGCAAAUGUUAACUACUACUUAAGUUAUUGUUACUUUUACUACUUCUGUUUAUUAAUGUAUCUUGAUUUUCAAAGAGUCUUUUAUAUGUGUGCGCGCGUGUGUGUACAUAUAUAUAUUACUAUAAAUACACAGCUGAAAAUGGUAUACAAGUGAGCAGAUAUUUUUUUAUCCUAAAAUGACACAACCGAUUGACUGUACAUUGUGUAAGUCCUUUUAAUCAUUCAUUUACAUGCUGAAGUACCUUCUAAGAUCUUCCUAAACUUUUGUCAGUGACCAGUCAAUUGUAAAUAUUUUUAUUUCUUUUUGAGAUAUUGGCUAGUCUCUUCCAAAAAAAAAAAAGAGAUAAAGUUCUUUUUGAAACUGUGCUUUUUGGAACCCAGAUGUCAUUGCAUUCGUAGAAAUCUCUGUGCUUUUCAUGAAGAAGUCCUGUCAGCUGGUUCUGAAAAAGUUCUAAUUUAAAGGUUAAUAAAAUAAGCAGCAAAAUAGAAUUAUUUUACUUGGACUAGAAUUGAUGAGACAAUUGCAUGCAUCUGGUUAGUAGAACUCAAGAUCACAAAAAUAUGAGUAUUGCAGUUUAUAAUGUAGCUGGUUUAAUUCAGGCUAAUGGCAUGUAUCAGCUUUAUUCCUACUGUUUACCAGAUCCUGUACACAGGUGUGCGUAAUGAUUUGGUUUACUAAAGUUUGUUGUCCAAGAGGACCUUUCAGGGUUUUGGGGGGUUUUUUUGUUCAUUUGCUUUGUUUUAAAGCCACAUAAGCAGAAAAAAGUUAUUGAAGAAAUCUUGAACAGUACAGUUCCAGAUGCAAAUGCAGAUACCGUGUAUUAAAAAUAGUCAAGGCAGGGUACACUGGGCAACAGUGUAAGUUUAAAUGUGUUAGAUAAUUAUUUAUUGUACCCUUGCUUCUGCUCAUUUUGGUUUACAAAGCUUAUUUUCUGCACAAGUAUAAGACUUUUUUAAACUGGAUAUAUGAUAUAUGCUUGGGUCAGGCCAGUUGUAUUUUGUUUCUUCUACUUAUAUCUUAGUUGUACAUAUCUUCACACAUAGUUUUGGGGUUUUUUUAAAUUGAAACUCAAUCAUACUUUUAAGUUUGCUUUAGGUAUCUAAAAUUACUGUACGUGAACAUUAAUGUAAAUUAAGAAUAUGUUCCUUGUACAGUUAUGAUAGCAAGCAAUAAUGUGAAUAUAUGAAAAAACAGGUAUACUCUGCUUAAUAUUUGUAUGAAUGAAAAGUUGAUACCACUACAAGAAUAAUCUUCUCUUUUUAAUCUUUUAAAUACAAGUUUUAUUUCAAGGUAAUAUAUUACAGGUACCUUGAUGCUGUGAACUAUUUUUCUAUGUCUUCAAAAUAUUUAUUCUCUGUAAAAUAUUCUCUAGUGAGUAUUAUAUUCCUAAACUGUUGAUAGUGGGAGUGGUCUGGAAAGUUUUAAGUUUUCUUAAAUCUAAGCCUUCUGUAUCUGUUCCCAAAACUCAUCCUUUGCUCAGCUUUUGUCUGUGGAUUCCUGCUGUUUACUUUGAGACUAGCUCAGCUAUGUUUUUUCAUACAAGCCUAAAGGGUGUUUCUUUGACUUAACGGAAUAUGAUUUUUAAUUAACAAACACCAGUUUUGCACUGCCUCAGUCUUCUGGGUCCCACAAUGGUUUCUCUCCAAAGUAACUGGUUAUAAUUUUUAUAAAAUCAAUUUCAGCCUCUUCUUUAGUACAAAUCUGGGCCUGCAGCACUCCUCCUCUCACCCAGAAGUAUUAGUUGUAAUCUCGGACCAGUUUCAGCCUGCGAGGGAGGCCAGAAGCCCAACAUUGAUGGCAGCUGAGUUUUUGGAGGUUGGAGGUGCAGGGGAAAGGUUGGAAUUGAACAGAAAUGAUAACUGGUGAUAAAUACUGAUGACCAGAAAUAUAUGUUGAUUUCUUCAAGUGCAGUUUUCAAUAAAAUGAAUAUUGAAUCAUACAAGGCCUAAAUUUUAUUAUCAAAGCUCUCAUUUGACUGUAUAGCUGGGUUUGUGUCAUGGAUGUAGUUCUCCACUGGUAGUUCAUUAGUAUGGAGGGAUAGGUUGGGUAUGACUUGUUAUAUGUUCAGAGCAGCACCACAUUCAGCGUGAGCUAUUCGCCUUAGUUUACUACCAAACUUUCCAUGCUAUGUUCUGUGACACAACUACCUUGCCAGCAGCACCCAAACCUACCUACAGUAAAGCUAAUUUGAGCAUGAUGUGUGCUGAAAUCAGAGCAGUGAAUAGAGUGUGGCUUACAGGUUUACAAAGAAUAUCUUGUUAGUAAAGCUUCCACAUAAGUCGUAGUGCUGUUAAGAUCCUGUCUACUUCUGGGUGUAUCUGCAGUCAUCUACUUGGUUAGCAGGCAUUUCUGUAUUUUAACGAUUACUUUCUAAGAAUUCUAGGGGUUCAAAGUAGAGCUCGGAGCAAACAAAAAGUUAAAUCCCUUAGUAAGGAGACCAGGCUAAUUGCUUCUUAAAGCAUUUCUGAUAUUUUAUUAAAACAAUGUCUCUGACUUAAAAUACAACCAGGAAACUUGAGAAACUGAGUAUACAUAGAGAUGAUUUAGUCUCAAAAGUCUUCCUCUCGUGAUGAGGCCGUAUACUCACCUAGUAAGAAUGUUAUAAAACAUUUCCAGACAGUCCCUUUCCAUUCAUUACUUACAAUGAUAGAAAUUGAACAUGGCAGGAACUUUAAUCAACUAUUUAAUGCCUGCAGCAGUCAUCAGGAUUUUCCUUUGAUGUUGUUUCUAAAAUACUAAAUCUAUUUAUUUUGUGUGCUAGUGAGAAGACGUAGAUUACUUUUUUUUUUUUUGGUCCGGUUGGCAAAGGAUGAAGUUGCAACAGUUUGGGCAGGCGAGAAGCUAUAGUAGGACUUCCAGGAUGUAGCCUACUCUAUGCUAAAAUAAAUAUUACCUUGUACUAACUUGUUCAGCUUCUUACAACUCAGCAAUUCCUACAAAUAAUAUUACCUAUUUCAAAUUUUCUUGAAUUGUAAGAGUUAGAUACCCACAAGAUAUUCAUCAUUUAACAAAUGAUGUUAAUUAUGUCUGUUUCACCAUUAGCCUGAAAAACUAAUGGUGAAGGCAUCAGUAACUCCCUGUGAAAGUUUAUUAUUAUUUUUAUGUAUAGUAACCAUUAACUGGCCAAUAAAGAUUUCUUUCUUGCUGCAAUAUUAUGGAAAUAAAUUAUUUUUAAUCUUUUAGUGAUAGCUAGAAAUAAGUCCUGAGGGAGAAGGGCUUUCUCUCUGACCCUACAUGAAGAAUUCUGUAGAGCUCAUCUGCUGUUAAAUAGCUAUGAUUCAAAGUUUAUAUUGGGAUCGCCAAACUUCACCAGAAAUUAAAAUAUUUAUGGAGAUAGGUUACACAAAGUCAGUAAAUUUUUUUUGGAAUAGCUCAGUAAGAGUCAUUUUAAUAAGCUAUAUCUGCAGAUCCAAAAUUUCCCAUGAUACUCAAAACCAAGUAGCGUAGAGUAUAAAAACUUCUUAGAGUAACUAGAUGUAAAUUAUAUUCUCUAAACCGAUUUGUUAAAUGAUACUUUUUUUGGUAAAGAUUAAGACCAUGGAGUUUAAAUGUAAUACUCUGUCUCUGAGAUACAUGUUUACUUAAAAGUCAGUUUUCUUUUUUCUUUUUUUUUCUUUUUCUGAAAGCUAUUAUUUAGCCCUGAAGAUUGUAGGGAAGAGCUUUAAAAUGCAAUCUGUAACUGCUCAGAAGCCAGAAAGCAAAGAAAAAAAACUUGUCUUUAUUCCCUUCCCUCCAGCCCCCACCCCAAAGUCUUAAUUUUAAAUUGGUCCCCUUGUUUUGGGAGCCCUAGCUUAUGGUUUUUGAGCAGCUGGCAAUAAUGCAAAUUGUCCACCAAAAAAACCCAUUUGAAUUCUGAACAAUUUAAAGAGAUCACUUUAAUUGAAGAGGCAAAAGACUUGUUAAGCAAAGAAAAUCCCUGGUUCUUUUAAGUUCUCCCAGCACUGCUGUUGAGUAAUUAAAAAAAGAAUCAUGAUGACCCUACAUUAGGUCAAAAUCCAGAUGAUUUUAUGUAAAGGAAAUGCUCAAUUAGAGAGGUCUCGAGCCCCAAAUGUCUUGGAUUCAUAGUAGCGACUUAUUAAGGGUAAGUGGCUGGCUAGUUUUGUAUCCGUGACUAAAAUCAUUUAUGUUGCUCUUCAGCAACCUUGCUUAGGAAAAGAAA